AUGGCCGACAAGCUUGACAAGUCUCUUGACGACAUCCUCAGCUCCAGGCGUGCUGGCCGUCGUGGCUCCCAGCGUCGUCGCGACUCCAGGUCCUCGAGGCCUGCGCACGCUGCCCCCGUAGGUGGGGUCAGAAAAUUCACAAGGCAUGCAAAAUCAUCCUCCAAGUCUAUCCCCACCGGGCCAGCUCUAGGUCUGGGUGAAAGCAAGAUUAUCGUGAGCGGCUUGCCCUCCGAUGUCAAUGAAGCGAAUAUCAAGGAAUAUUUCCACAAAUCUGCUGGACCUGUGAAGAAGGUCAUGCUCACCUACAACCAGAACGGCACUAGUCGUGGCAUUGCCGCCAUUACCUUCGUUCGCCCCGACACCGCAGCAAAAGCAGCAAAGGAGCUGAAUGGACUUCUUAUCGACAAACGACCAAUCAAGAUUGAGGUCGUUCUUGAUGCUUCUCGUGCUCCCACUGUCCCUGCUGUGAAGCUGCUUACAGAGCGUGUCGCUCAACCAAAACCUCAGCCCAAACCUGUCUCAGCCACGAAGGGCAGCGCGGCUUCGAAGCGUGGACGUCCUCGUCGUGGACGGAACGCUGGACGCCCAAAGCCCAAGACUGUUGCAGAACUCGAUGCUGAGAUGGAAGAUUAUUUCCCUGCCAACAAUGCAGCCCCCGCUGCAAUUAAUGGAACCGCGCAACCAGCCGCGGCCGGUGGCGAAGAUUUGGGAAUGGAUGAGAUUUCUGGCUUCGAAGGGAAAUGUGCAAAAUUCCUUGAGUCGCCAUUUGUUUGUAAUUUUAACCGCGUCUCCAUUUAUUCUUUAUUGCCAUCCUUCCGUCUUGGUGGUGCGUUCCACAUAUCGGAAAUAUUUGAGAUUACGGUUCAUACGGGCUCAAGCACGCCAGUCAUCAUAAGUAGCCAGAUACCAAAUAUCGAUCUCUUUUCGCUCCUUUGA